UUGGUGAAGCAAAAUUCAUCUAGGAGGAGGUUAUACUCUUGGACGGGCCUAAAUAAAGAAGAUGAUCCCAGAGCGUACUCCAUUGAUCCCAGGGGGUACUCCAUUCUUCCAGAGCAACGACCCCCGAGGGUUUCAGAUGAGCAACGAUCCACAAGGGUUUCAGAUGUAUGAAGGAAUCGAAAGCUCGAUUCCUUCCUCAUCGGCCGGUCUGACCUCCGGUGCUGGUACCUACUCCCAAACUCUCCUGUACAGCUUUUCACUCCUUAGGGACAAGGUCCAAGAGGUGCAGUCCCUUGUUACACUAGUGGUCUCCUCUGAUCCAAUCCAACAACAACAGUCUGUAGCUGUGGCAGCCUCUGGUGCCGGCGCUAUCAUUCAGGAGAUCAUCACCGCAGCCUCCUCGAUGAUGUAUGCCUUCCAGCAGGUGGCAGUUGGUGCAGUACCUGCCAACACCGGCCAUGGCAGUGUCUCCCAUCCUCAUGGCAUGAAGGCUUCUUAUGAUGGCACAUCUCGAGGUAAUGGAGUAGAUGAUAUAGCUCAUGUCCUCAAUGACUUCGAAGGUGGUAGGAUAGGCAUCGUUGGUGCUGUAACUCAUCACAGGACCAAUACUACUCUUAAUCCUUUUGACGGUGCUGAAUAUGGCCACAGAAAUAAGGAUAGUAGCAACAAGCUAAAAUCCCCUUCAUCAACAACAGCAGGUGAUAUAAUCGAAUUGGAUGCUGGUAUAUUAUUAGCCAAGUAUACACACUACUGCCAAGUUUGCGGGAAGGGAUUCAAGCGGGAUGCGAACGUAAGGAUGCACAUGAGAGCCCAUGGAGAUGAGUACAAGACAAACGCAGCGCUUUCUAACCCCAUGAAGGGGGGCGGUGAUGGUUCCAUGAGGCACAAGGAGGACCCUCCCUUUGGCUUGCCAAGGAAGUACUCAUGCCCUCAGGAAGGGUGCCGGUGGAACAAGAAGCAUGCCAAGUUCCAGCCUCUCAAGUCAAUAAUAUGCGUCAAGAACCACUACAAGAGGACCCACUGUCCGAAGAUGUAUGUGUGCAAUCGGUGCAACCAAAAGCAGUUCUCCGUGCUGUCAGAUUUAAGGACACAUGAGAAGCACUGCGGGGAUCUCAAGUGGAUGUGUUCAUGCGGGACAACCUUCUCCAGAAAGGAUAAGCUCAUGAGUCAUAUAGCAUUGUUUGUUGGGCACACUCCUGUGAUGAAUUGCCUCCCGAAGCAACAAGGGAAUUUGAAGUACCAAGCGAUGCAAGUUCAAAUGGAUGGGAGGGAAUGGUUUCAUGGGACACCUUAUGUUGAUGGGACUCAGCUGAUAAAAUUGGAUGAGAUGGCGCCAAUGGGCAGAGGGUCAAAGUUAGCGAGCUUUACACGAAGUGGACCCCAAAGGGAUGCAGCGUAGGUCUGGAUCAAGGCAGGCGUUCACCUAAGAGUGGUUCUGUUUCUCCAGAAAUUGGCUUGGGAUCAAUUACUAUGUACAAAGACUUCAUCAUAAAGGUAUUCUUAUAUCCCCUUAUUUGUGAGCAGUGCACCGAGAAAUGGAAGAAACAAUGAACCAUGUGUGCUCUUUGACGGUCCAAAGCAGUUUAAGUUUUGAGUCAGACUUUUAGCUGUACGCCCCAACCCACCCGUCCAUGGAAUUUGAAGACUUUCAUCUAGUCUACUAAAUUUGGUAGUCUUAUUAUGAGAGAUGCUGAUCAGAGGUAUCUGGCUGUGCUAUAUUGCCUUUCACAUAUGGUUGGCCAGGUAGUCCUCGAGUUGUUGUUUUGAUAGCUUUAUUCCAUGCCUUAGACUUCAUGGGGGCUAAAUUAUUAGAGAGAUUGAUGGGUAUUAGGAAAAUCUGAGGUUUCGCACCUGUAGCUUCUACAUCUCAUUUGAUUUAUUUCAUUUGGGAAUCCGAGCCCCUAAUUUUUUUCAAAAUCAAUUUCGAUGAUAGCGUGAGGAACAUGGGUCAAAUUAGUGGACAUUUGUGAUUCUAGGAUAGCCUUGUAGAAGCGUGUGGUUUUCAUGCAUCUCCUAGAUGUGACGGUUCCACUGGCUGAAUUGAGGACUGCAUUGGAAGGGUUAGUACAUGCUAUCACUAUUCUACAAGUGGAUCACAUUCCAAUUUCAUCAAAAAAAAAAAGAAAAAAAAAGAAAAAAGGAAUCACAUCAUAUUGGAAAGGGAUUUAGAACAAUCAUCUCUUAGAUCCCGACAGAAGAUCACUGGUAGAGGCCUAUUCAUCUAUUGAUGAUGGAUAUUUGGAGACUUUAAAUCGAUAAUCACAUCAUGUGUGGUCAUAUUUUUACUUUUUAGAGAGGCAAAUAGGACAGCUGACUGAGUGACUUCUUUGUUGCUGAUCAUUGUGGAUCUGAGUUUUGGGAUACCUUUCGUUGGCAUUAUCUGCUUAUCUUUGGAACGUUUUGAUGGCUGAUGCAACUGGUUGCAUUUACUCAAGGGCUGUAUGAAGCCGCCAACCCAAAAAAAAUAGUGCCUAAUAUAGCUAUAGAAGAAAUGAUGAGUUUCCCAUACAUAUAUAGUAAAUUGUACGCAGAGAAAUAUCCCGAAACAUGCGAGAUGGAUCCAUGAGCAACAGUUUUGGGAACUACAGAGACAUGUGAUCAAGUUAAGGAAGCAGCUCCUUUCACAAUUUUGUAUGACCCUCAGUUUAUCUCUUCACUCCUCAACUUCAACUUCCUGAGCUAAAAAACUUUAUACCAACUUAUGUUUGAGCAAGGCGGAAACCCACCCAUCUCAUAUACCAGGAGAAAAGAAAACAAGCUCUUGAUCUCAGAGAAGCAGGAUCAAAAGACAACAAUUUAUAUAAACUUAACAUAAAUAUUAGCAUAUCCAUGAACUGCAUUGUUAAAACUUCUCGGAUUCCCUUUUUCCUUCUUUUGAGAAAAAAGAUGGGCACCGUUCUGUUCAUUCAUGAGGCAAUGAAAUGAGUACAAAGAGUUACAUAUCUAGUAAGUUCUUGACAUAACAUAGAUCCAAGAAAGUUUUUGAAGCAGCCAAUCUAAUCCAUUCCGCCCAGUUCCACUGAACAUUUUUCAUGAUGGUUCGAACACAGCCAACUUUUUGAAUAGAGAUCUUCCUGUUCCCCUCUUUCCAUACUAACCACCAAGCUUUCAUGACAAUCUAAUCCGAGUCAGCUUUAAGUUUUUAAAAAUAACCCUUCUCUGUCUGCAUUCAGACCACACCAAAUGCCAUAAACAUGCUUGAAAGUGCUGAAGAACCUGCAUACUUGAUUCUCUUUUGAAGGUGCACUGAUGGACUAUAAGCAAGUUGUCUAGAUAGCAUUUAUUAUUGGUUUAUUCUAUUAAAUAGAGAUGAUUAUUGAUUUUUCAAGGAAGAUCUUAGUUUCUAAACGACUUAUCCACUAUUCUGGAUUUUUUGAGCAAGGACUGCUCUUGAUUUAUGAAAUUGUCCAGCAAAAUUCCUGUCAAUUUGAAAUGCAAUAAUAUAACUAAGCUUCCACAGCUUUCUGGAUAAUCUAGAAGUUUGCCUUGUAGCUAAUGAUUCUCUUUUUUUGAAGUUAUUUUUCUUCUUAAUAGAUAUCUUGUUCAUCUUUAUGCAUGCCAUUGCAUGAUAAACAAUGGUUUGAUUCUUAAUCAUCAAUGCUUGAAUCCUCAUUAGAUGUAUUUCAUUCUUGGAAUUCUUUUUUGCUCAUGCACUUUGCUUUCUUUAUCUCCACCAAGCUUUGAUCAUCAAUUUGAUGUUUAUACUAUCUUAAUUUCUAUCUUGCGUUAUCAAAUGAUCAACUGCCAAAUUGUUGCAAAUGUUUGGUACCGAAGUCUUCUGGCUUCUAAUAAGAAUUCUUGCAGCUUCAACUUUUGCAAAGAUACUUGUCAAAUGAUACAAUACAAGCAUUGUCAUGAGCUUAUCCUAUCAUAACUAAUAAACUGUAAUAUCAUAUACUAAUCCUUUUGCCGAAACAUUAUCAGCAUGCCACAUGACAUCCCUUGACAAAAGUUGAAAUAUCAUAUAUAAUACAUAGCUCUUGACAGACUCAGUAAUUCUAGACCACUGCAUUUUGAAAGAGGAUAGCACUAAGUGAUGCACCAGUUAUUGGAUGACCACUAUGUGAUAAAGACCCUAGGAACUCUUAAUGAUGCAUCAGUUGAGCAUCUUAUGGAAGGUUCAUUAGAAGUGAACUGACUGAUAAAAUAGGGAAGCCAUUAGGCUCGGCAUGAAAAU